AACUUUGGGAAAAAUUUUGAUAAAUGCUUUGGAAAUGGUGGUUCUAAGCUGCUCAGUAUGGAGCUCAGCGAGUUCAGUAAUUAUGCUAACCGCCUGCUUGCAAAAAUGAGAGAAUGCUUAAAGCCGCCUGGGAACCUGAAAGAGUACUCCCCAUGGAUGAGUGAGUUCAAAAUGGAGUUCCUGAGAAACGAAAUAGAGAUUCCUGGUCAGUAUGAUGGCAAGGGCAAACCACUACCUGAAUACCAUGCACGGAUCUCUGGGUUUGAUGAGCGGGUAAAGGUAAUGACCUCCAUAAGGAAACCAAAGUGUAUCAUUAUUCGAGGCCAUGAUGAAAAAGAAUACCUUUUCCUUGUGAAGGGCGGUGAGGACCUUCGUCAGGAGCAGCGCAUUGAACAGCUCUUUGAAGUCAUGAAUAUCAUCCUCUCCCGUGAUGCAGCCUGCAGUCAGAGAAACAUGCAGUUAAGGACAUACCAUGUCGUGCCCAUGACUUCCAGAUUAGGAUUAAUCGAAUGGAUUGACAAUACUUUGACCUUGAAGGACCUUCUUUUGAAUAAUAUGUCGCGAGAGGAUGAUCCCAGAGCACUGAAUCGUGACUAUAAAGACUGGUUGACCAAAAUAUCAGGAAAACGUGACAGUGGUGUUGGACCUUACGUGAUAAUGUAUCAGAGAGCUAAUUGUACAGAAAGAGUCAUGGCUUUUAGAAAAAGGGAAAAUCAAGUGCCCGCUGAUCUCUUAAAGCGGGCGUUCAUAAAGAUGAGCACUGGUCCUGAGGCCUUCCUGGCACUCCGUUUCCACUUCGCCAGCUCUCAUGCACUGCUGUGUAUCAGCCACUGGCUCCUUGGGAUUGGAGACAGACACCUGAACAAUUUCUUGGUGGCUAUGGAGACGGGCAGCAUGAUUGGAAUUGACUUUGGACAUGCAUUUGGAUCAGCUACUCAG